AUGGAAUUCCCCACCGGCUUCAUUCCUGAGCAAAUAAUAACCCUCCUCAAAAACCCAACAAUCCAAAACCUAACCUCAACCUCAACCACCCUCCUAACAAACCUCUCCACCUUCCAUUCAACCUGCCUAACCCCCUACAUAAUCGGCCCGCUUACCUCCCUCGCAACCUCCUACUCCACCGCCUCAAUGCCGGACCUCGUCUCUCUCCUCCUCCUAGCGAUUUUGUUACUGGUUUCUUUGAAGAUCCUCGACUACGCGCAUCGCGUCAUUGUAUUCUGGGUCUCGCUUGUGCUGAGGCUGGUGUUUUGGGGCGCUGUCCUUGCUGUUGCGUGGUAUGUUUAUCGGACUGGGUGGGAUAAGGCUUUGAGGGAUUUUGGGUGGCUGUGGGGGGUUGUUGAGGGGUUUGCGGAGGGGGUUCUCGAGGGGGAUGGGGUUGAGAAGGUGACUCGUAGGUGA